ACCAUUUUGUUUCGUCCUCACUGAUUCAACCCGCAGUGUCGUUUAAUACUUCACACAAACACGAAACGCACUCAAUUCAACUUCUCCGCAAUCAUUUUCCGGUCAAUUUUCCCGCCGUUUCUUCUCCGACCACCGCAAUCUCCGAUCCUCCGACCACCGCAUAAGGAGUAGAAAAUUGUGAACAAUGAGUAACGUGUUCGAGGGAUACGAACGCCACUACUGUGAACUUUCGGCUAAUCUAUCCAAAAAAUGCACUGCGGCUACUGCUCUUAAUGGAGAGCAAAAGAAACAAAAAGUUUCUGAAAUAAAGGCUGGAAUUGAUGAAGCAGAAGCUUUGAUUCGAAAAAUGGACCUUGAGGCAAGAAGUUUGCAGCCAAAUAUCAAGGGUGUACUUCUUGCGAAGUUGCGGGAGUAUAAAUCAGAUCUAAACAACCUUAAAAGUGAAAUUAAGAAAAUUGUAUCUGGAAACUUGAAUCCUUCUGCACGGGAUGAGUUGUUGGAAUCAGGCAUGGCAGAUGCUAUAACAGCAUCAGCUGAUCAGAGAACAAGAUUAAUGACAUCAACUGAGAGAUUGAACAAGACUGGUGAACGCGUUAAGGAUAGUAGGAGAACAAUGCUGGAAACUGAAGAGCUGGGUGUUUCUAUUCUCCAAGAUUUGCAUUCACAGCGACAAUCUCUAUUGCAUGCGCAUAACACGCUUCAUGGAGUGGAUGAUAACAUAGGAAAGAGCAAGAAAAUUAUGACAAACAUGUCAAGAAGAAUGGACAAGAACAAAUGGAUCAUUGGCUGCAUUGUGCUUGUUCUGGUUGUUGCUAUCAUCGUGAUCCUAUACUUCAAACUUGUUAAAUAGCCAAAUAUGCAUAUUUUUCCUCAUAAUGGUUCAUAAAAUAUCACAAGAUUCAAUGAUGUUUUUUUGUUCCCUUUUGUCUUAUUCUGAUUUGUGAGUGGGCAGAAAAGAUGUUUGCAUUGUGCGGUGCUGCAAGCUAACUUGGAUUCUUUCGAGGGAGACAGGCAGCAUUCACUUGAGUCUUAUGCCGGGGUUGUAAUGUAUGAAAUUUGUAUUUUUUGACCUAUUGUUGCAUGAUUUUAAUCAUGAAACCGGAAUUCUUUGUGGCCAUACUGUUUGAAUUUAACCGAUAUUUGCCUCUAA